AUGGGACCUUCUUUUAUUUCUACUAAUGAAGGUAGCCCUGAUACUUACAACGAUGAGAGAUCAACUACACCCGGUGGUAAGAAGAGAAGUAGUAACUCUACUACCGAUCCGUCAUUGACUGCAGCUGCUGCUGCUGCAGUGGCCUCUAUACAGGACGUUUGGUCUGAAAACUUCAGCGAACCAUUACCCACUAAUAAGGAGGAACGUAUACAACAGGCGCUAGAGUUUAUGCGUAAUGAGAAACAUGCACACGCGGCUGAUAAAAAUAUCAAGAAACACUCUUUGAGACAAAUUGCAUUGUUCUUUCAAGUACCCAAAUCGACGUUAUACGAUCGGCUGAAGAAUAAGGUUACUUUGACCAUCGAUGAGAAGAUUUCCGUUAAUGGCGGACCUGCAUUGGCUAAUUCUUAUUCUGUAUCUUCAAGGGCGCAUAGUCAACAGAUGAAAAUUUCGCUAGAGAAAGAGGAAUUGUUGCUGAUACAGACGCAUAACCUCUGUCACGCCCAGGGGAAUACCUUGAAUUUGACUCAUAUAAGAGACUUUAUCACGUCAUUGGUGGACGGAGUAUCACUGGGGAAGAAAUGGGUUCACAAUUUCACUAGACGUCAUGAUAAUUCACUGAUAUAUGGGACUUUGUCUAGUCGAUUCAACGUGCGAAUGGUGAAUUCCAAAAAUUGCAGGUGUAAUUUUGAGUAUCUUUGGAGAUGCUUCGUUCCAUUAUUGCAGGAGAACAUUAAGAGCUUGCCCCAAGAUGAACCCUUCUAUUACAUAACCAAGACAUGCGUUCACCAGCCUAGCAUGUCGAGCAUAUUCACCUGCUUUCAAAUAUCGCCUGCAAAUUUGUCGAUAAAGGUAUACGGCAAACCACAUUUGGUCAUAUUCCCAGAUUAUUUUGGGAAAUCAUGUUUACAACGAGAUACGCCAAUGGGAAAUGGACCUGAGAACGAGGCUAUUGAUCAUGAAGGUUUAAGGGAUGAGGAAUCGGCAUUGGACUUAAAGGUAAACAAGCAGGAAAAGUUACAAAAGCAACACAAGAUAGACAAACUUAAUGAAGCCUUCACGAAGCUGUAUGCUAACGUCUGCAUAAAAAAUCAAACGGAUUCCAGCUUACCUCCACUGGUAAUAUUCGAGGGCUUCAACGAGCGGUAUAAUUGGGAUCCACUAAUUUGUAAAGAUAUCGUUCAUUUGGGGAGAUUCUUGGCCGUACCCUGGAAACAACAAAUCUUUCAACAGAGUAUCGCAAAACAACUGAUAAAUCUCGUCGACAAUGUCGCCAGAGGCUCAUCAAUACUCGGAGUCCAGUUAUCAGAAAUGGAUUUAGCACUGGAUCAUGUAGAACUCGACUUAACUGAUUUCUCGGCAGAAUUGAACCAACUUCUCCAAAUGCCAACAGAAGCUACUCCCCCAUCAGAAGAGACUCAGGAACCCCCACAGGAUAGCGACCUCAACGUGUUCACAUCGUCACUUCGAUCACCGCCCCCUCAGGACCACGACGUCGAGAACAAUUUCCUAAGCAAGGCCACACAGGAGCAUCACCAAGAAAAGGAGCAGCGGCAACAACCGAUCGAAACAGCUGCCUCUGCAAAUAUAUUUGAAAAUUCUACAUUAUCACAAUUGCAAGAUGUCAUUCAUUUAAUAGACACGAAUGAAUCGGAGCUAUACAACGAGCUCGCGGAGCCGUCAUCCAAGGCAACACUAAUGGAUAUAUUCACCAAGAUUAAAGGAAUACUGCCGCAAUGA